CAUGUAUUGUGUCCUGCAUGUCUGGUGCAGCGGCAAAAGUCUUCGGUUCUAAUUUCCAGCCAAACUAUUUGUAAGUAUCUCUUCCUGUUCGUGGAUUUCUAAUAAGGAAUGGCGUAUGUAACGACAAAGCUUUGUAUUUUGAAUGGAUCUUGCAAUUUACACUUGCGAGGUGGAGAAAUAUUGUUGCAUUUUUUUGCCAUACACCCGGGUUUAAUUCUACGGAGGAAACGCGAAUGAUGAUGAGCGACUCAAACUAUUUUAUCGAGCCUUUGAGGAGGAGAAAAUCGUUGUGAGAUAUUUAUAUCGUCGAUGGCCUUGUACAGCUUGAAUGUUUAAGUCUGAAACGACGAGUGAUGAAACGAAAGCUUGCCUACAGCGGUCGGCACAUGUGCAGUUCAAGGGAAAUGCCAAUGCAGUGGGACUAACAAAUAAGGAGUUUCUCUGUGGAUGUUUUGGCGAUAAUUUUUUAUCUCAAAGACUAUAGUUUUGCUUUCCAUUCAGCUGUGAAGAGAUUCCAUCGAAAACCAUAGCUUGAUUGUGUUUGACUCGUCUGAAAAGUUGAACUUAAGUGUCAAUGUGUGCUUGCUUAUCGACGGUGGUCAUUCACCAAUUUCGAUUCGUGACUCAUUCGUAGUUCGUUGUCAUUUGUGUGUUGACUACAUGCCUGCCCUUUCUUCAAAAUAGGUUCGAGGAGUAACAACUACUGAUAGAUACCAUCAUUUUCUUUAUUGUACGGGAAAGAAAUCUGUAAUUUCAAGGACUACAUUAUUGCUAGAAAUUAGGUUAAGUAUCGACGAUGUCUCUGACGUAUUCUUGCACUUCCGUUCUCUGAACUCACAUCGAAAUUUUUCGCAAGGCGGGUUUUAAUGUCUCCAAGUACUCGUCAAAUCUCCACCUAGCAAGCAGUAAUAUAUUUUGAAUGUCCUCACUCUGCAUUUUUUUGCUCUGUUUCACAGGAACGUUGUACAUACCUUGUAUAUACUGUACAGUUAGGGAACUAGAAAAAUGAAAGGAGGAACUACCACUGUACCAACAUCACAAAGCAAACACACAGAUGGCUUGAAUACCAAAAAGGUAGAUCUUCAAUUCCUGCUUGGUUAAUUUACGUUCCUUGUCUCUAGUUAUUUAACUUAAGUAUAGUUAAGCAAUCUUGAAAUUCAUUAUUGAUGAUAGCUUCUGAGUUCCACUGAUACAUGACAAUUUAUGGCGUGCCAUAAUAAUUAAUAGACUUUAUGUUUAUAAAUUGAUUUUACUUAAGUUCACUUUUUGAUUUUGAAAGUCCAUAAUUGACUGUAAGGUAUUUGAUGUGCUUUGAAAUUAAGUUUGAGAGGUAACAUACCUGAAAUUGAAUUCUACGUAAUGUAAAACCUUAAAACUACAGUAAGUCAGCAAGUGUAAACAAAAAAAUAUUGAUUUAUGAAGCAAGAUUAUUCUCAUUAAGUUUUCUAAAUUAGUGAAGUCCUCUUAAGAAUUUAACAAUCAAGAAUAGCCAAAUACAUUGCCACCAAGUUUGAAUUGCCUUUCUUGUUGAAAAAAGUUGUUUUGGUAAGAAUCAUCUUGCACCUAAAUAUGAGUUAGAUUCAAACAUUCAAGGAGAAAAUUUGAUAUUGAAAUAUUUUCAAUUGGAGAACUGAAAAUGGGAGAGACUGCUUGGGUCAAAAUGAAAUUUCUAAGUAUUAUUCAUUAUACAGGCUACAAACUUUGACAAUACCAAUGCUUCCAACUGAUUUAGGAUAUCGUGGAUUUCUCUCCCUCAACACCAAGACCUAUAUUGUUUGUUUCUGAAAUAUAAGGAGGAGGGCUCUUAAGUCUUGCCAUCUAUGAGGAUGUUGUGAUAGUUUUAUAGCUUAGAGGGGACUUAUCUUAUGUGUGAUAUAGCACUUCAACACCAUUGUUAGAUCAUAUUAGAAAGUAUGAGACAAGUGGUCAUGGUAGGACAAGGAUUUAAUUGUUUCAACAGUUGCUAAAUGCUUCAUGCAUGUAUGGCAAUCUGACAGGUUCCAGUGCGUGUUAUUGUUGUCACCGGUUUUACUGAUAUUUUUGGGAUAUAUAUCUAACAGCUGUUUUCAUUUUUAGCCAACUGCAGAACAGAUCAGAUAUGCCCAGCUUCUAAGCACAGAAGAUUCUAAAGUGGUGAGAGAUAAGAUCAAACAGGUAUGUUUUAUUAUAUCAGUCCAUCAUUCACUCUAUUGAUCAUUCAAUUAAUCAAUAAAUCAAUAUCAGGAAUCAUUCAUUCUACUGAUAUUAUUUAUCAAUCACUGUGAAAAGUUGAUGCUCACCUGACAGUGUUGAAUUUGAUAUUUUCCUUGACUUGCAUGUAAUAAACUUCCACAUGGUAACUAGGAAAAGGCUAGGCAAGAAAUGGUCCAGUAUGCAUACAUAAUGUAGCAAAGCAUCUUUUCCACAGGUUCUCACAGCUCUCAUAUGCAGUUUAUGUGAGUUACUACAAUCUGUUUCAGAUGGCUGGUUGCUUAGUGCAUAUUCUCACCAUAACUUGUCCAGUUCAUGUCUUUGGAACUUGUCGCAGAUUGUAUCCCAACCUUUUUUUUUCUCUUCUUUAGGUGUCAGAUGUGACAGGAUACAGUUUUGAUGUCGUGAGCAUUGCACUGCAUGAUUGUAAUUUUGAUACAGAAGCCACAAUUAAUGCUUUGUUAGAGGGAAGCCAAGAUCAGGUAUAAUGAAAUGUUUUAUGUGACUACUAAUUAAUAGAGACAACAUAGCUUAUUAUUAGCAGCCAGUAUUGUGGACUACAGGAGUGAAUUUUUCAAGCAUGCUUAGCUGUAAGCAUGGUUUAAUUGCUAAACUAGGAAUAAUUUAAAUACAGGAUGGGUCACUUGGCCCAACUGUUGUCAUUACUUUACCUAAGGUACAACCCCAACAUAGUAGUUAUAGCUUGACUUGUCAAUAGACCUACAUGUGAGCACAGCUGUGCUACAUGUACUUUGACUUCUAUUUUACAGGAUCACCGGUGGUGUGAAAGCACUCAUUAAAAGUUAGGCUUAAAAUUUAAACUUCAUUUUGUGGUAAAAUCAUGGAUGAAUGAUUAGUACACCUUGUACUUGUAACAUGUAAGGACUUAAACAAUUUCAUGACACCAUGACAAUGUGUGUUUCAACCAAACUCUAAUUUUGUAGAGUGAAUGGGUCAUGAGAAAAAACAAAAAGAAGAAAAGUCAAACUCCUGUCUCACAAGGCAUAGAUACAAUCAUCCCUACAUCACAGACAACAACACCAACGACUACAGCUCCAGUAUCUACUAAACCUGCCACGCAACGACCACCAAGAGGCAAAGGUACAAACCAUUACUUUUUUAGCUUCUCAUACUACAGCUCUCCCCCAUGAUUAAAUUUCAAGUGUAAAUCAAUCAUCAGUGUGAUACUAAGAAAGAUGUUACAGACAUAGGAGAGUGUUGAAUUAAGUGUUGGCUGAAAUUUAAUGUUAUAUCAUUUUCUCCCUAUGUUUCUUCCUAUGUUUCUUGAACAUUAGACAAUUAAAAGGAGAAUCUAGCAGUCUAUCAGAUUUCACCAAAGGCUUUUUUCCAUACACUCUCUAAAAAGUGAGACGAUUGAUUGCAUGCGAGUUCCAUUUUCAGGGAUUUGAACUUUUAGCAAGUUUUGAAUUUGCAGUUGAGUACUGUUCUGAAAAAGGUCUUUAUUUAACAAUCAAUGUAGAAUUUAUCAUCUUUGUUACUCUUUAUGGUUGAAGAAAGUGAAUUAUUUGUGAGGUCAAAUGACCAAGUUGCUUAAUAUCCUAUGGACAUUUUUUCAGUAUUACAGUUAUAGCUGUAAAUGCUACUGUAUCUCAUCAGUCAGUUGUUCAGCAAUAUGUCAAUUUCAAAAUUGUUUUUUUCUUUGCAAUUUCAAGGCAGAAACAGACAGAGUGGAGAGCAAAACAACAGUUCAGAUAAGGAUAAUAAGAGUGAAGGAGCAAUUCAUAACAACAAUAGACAUCAUGGAGAAAGUGGACGUGGAAGGGGCUCAAGGGAAGACAGAUGGAAUGAUCGAAAACCAGGUGGCAGAGGUCUGUAGCAUGUGCUUUGUUGGCCUUAUGGCUUGUUCUUUUUAGCACGGAAACUUUGUUCUUUUUUAGUGGGACUGAAAUAAGUUAGGGUCCAAUAAUCAUGCAAAUAAUGACUUGUCUGUCACAAGUUAAAACAUUACCAAUUUUAAAAUAAUUGUAACAUUCUUUAUUGUGUGAAGUUUCUUAAUCAGGCUGCCUUCUGUGUUAAUUUUGCUCUGUUCAUUUUCUUCCUCUGUAUUUGUAGUUUUUAAUUUUUUUAUCUUCAUUGGUUAAUAAUAGGUGGCCCGCCAAGGAGGGGUGGAAGAGGUGGUGGACGGCCUGGGUAAGAGAACAGCCCUUUUUUUCAUUUUGUUUAAGUACAAUCAACAAAAAGGCAAAUAUGAGCUUGGUUAUGAAUUUAAGAGGGUGGUAAUAUGUUUUGUCACAAGCAUGAGACAAAAAGAAAUUCUGAGCCUUCACAAGGAAUCACACAUCAGACUCUCAGAUUCUCACAUGUUUAAAGUUUGCUGGCUGAUCACUGCAUUUGAUUAGCAAGAUAUUCGCAUGGGUCCUUACUGCCUUUCAUUUACAAACAUUUAGGAGAUCAUUCCAAUCCCGUGGGCGAGAUAGAUCCAACAGAUAUGGUGGAGGAAACAGGAAUGCAUCUAAUUCAACCGCAGCAAAUGGGCCAACAGUGAACGGUAUGUUGUAGCAGACAAAUGACUAAUAACUUGAUAGAUGUAUCCUUUUAUUUCCUAACAUUUUCAUGUUCUUUUUAUUUUGAUGCGAUAUUUAGAUCUCAUUACUUAUAUAUUUGCCUUAGUUCCAGUAUUUGGCAUGUUAACUCAUUUGUUGAAGUAUUUUUCAGUAGUACAACAUCUCAGGGGAAAAAUUCCCUUUUAAGCCCCCUUAUUAUUGUGUUAUAUAUUUAAAUAGAUCCUACAACAUAAACAUUUCAGGAAUUAGACUUUGCUUCUUGUGUAUGUUGAACAGGUACAGAAAUGUGGGGUGAAAAUGAAGAUCAUCUUUCAAAAGAGAAAGACACAGAACGUGAGUGAUUUGAUAAAGUUAUUCACAUAGGUCCUUAUUAUUUGAGGAGCAUUAUGUGGGAAAAUCAUUACUUUUAUUAUAACUUGUUGAAUUUAUCAUAUUUGUUUUUAACCAACAGAAGCUGAAGAAGUCUCACCUCUGACAACUGAAGAGUGGGAGGUUGAAGAAUGGAAUCCAGUUGAACAGGUACAACCUAAAUGUCUGUCUGAUUGCAGAAGCAAAUGAACAAAUAAAAAGAGCUUAGUGUGGUAGAGUGCAACAAACAUUGCCUUCGUGGCAAGGGGGAUUAAUUGAUACUGAGACAAUUCACUUCUUUCACCAAGAUAUGUUUACUUUAUUGUAGCAGUAUUUGCCUUUUGUUUUUAUUUCUUCUCUGUUCAGAAGAGGCUUAUGUAUAACAGUGGCAACCCUUGGGAGGCAGCUGUAAAUUUACUAAUUUGUUGUAUACUCCUUUUCAGACAACAACAUCAAACACAAAUGAUACAUUGUUCAACAAUACUUCUUCCUCUCACUCAUGGCCAGCAAAUGCAGAUAGCUCUGUAGUCUCAUGGGAUGUGGACAGGCCUACAGUUCCUAGCUCAACAGGGCCAACGGUGCCAACCUCAGACAGCAGACAGAAGGCUCCAGAGAGCACUGCUCCCUUUACUCCCGAGAGGUGAACCUUGACUUGACUGUUAAAAGUAAAGAAACCAGAGGCCCAAAGCUUUUAAGAACAAGGGAAAAGGCUGUAAGCUUACAAGGGCCACUACAGGGUUAAAAAACUGGAGUGUAAAUAUGUUUGUUUAAAAUUUUUAGAAUUAGUUUUUCUGACAGAAUCUGGAAACAAAAACAGAUAUUGCUCUGAAAAUAGGUACCAUAAAUUUACCUCAAGAAGGGCAUUCUGUUUUAAACCCUUCCGAAAAUUUCCAAACCUCUUUCAGUGUGGACAUGGCCAUAAUACAUUCAAAGCUGGCUACAAAUCAACCCACAGGCAAAGAUCAGUUCUCGGCGGUGGACUUUUCAAUGCCUCGUAUUCCUCUGCCUGGUGAGUUUCGUAACUUGCACAAUGACACUAUCAGUAAGCUUCUGGACAAGGUUGUUCUGUCUUCCUCUGUUGGAGUGGCGCCUCAGAGUUCCUCAACAACAAUUCAAGCUCAGCCACAGAGGCAGCCCCGCACAAGCAGACCAAAGAAGUCACAGAAAAGCCAGGUAAGUACUGCAACAGCACCUUAUUAACCUGAAUUUUUAAUGGAAACAAAACACACUAGUUUUAUGUUUCAAGGAGCUCAAGGUAGUGAAAGUUAUUUCUGAAAAAAUGCACUUCAAGGAAUAUGGCUUCAAAUUCAAUCUAGCUGGAAGUUUAAUUCAUUCAAGUUUAAGUAAGUAAGGUUCUACUAAUUUUUUUUUUUUUUUUUGUGGGAGAGAGAAAGAUAGGUUAUAAACCAGCUUAGCAAAAUUCAGCAUUAACCAGGGUAUGAGGCUAACUUUGUUAUUUUUCAUUUGUAGAUUCCAUUGCAAGCUGUUGAGAUGCCAGGGACAAUGGUUGACAAUCUUGAUGUGCAGGUAAGUGUCCUGUGCCUUGAAUGUAGUGGGUAUUAGUGGCUCAAUCAAUUAAACUAAAAGAACUUAAUUGCCUUAAUAAUGCACUGAUUUUGGUAUGUUUUUAGUUUGGAAAUUUAGAGUUUGGUGGUGAUUCUGUUAGCAGCCCACGAAAAAAAGAGGUAAGUUGCAAUACAAGGUCAUAUGCUGUUUGAACAGAAAAUAUUUUUCCUAUAGAAUGAUUGUGUUUCACUGCUUCAUUUGAUUCUGCAUUGACAUAAUUUUUUUCUUCCUGUUAGGAGUUCCCUGCAAGUUUGCCCAUAGUUGGAGACACAAAGUCUGAUGAACAAAGGUGAAUAAAUUGCUCUAUGUCAGAAUGGGGGAAAACUGUAUUAUUAUUCAUGAUGUUAACAUGCAGCAGUCAAUCAUUCACAGUGAGUUCAAUUAUAUUAAGUAAAUUAAUUUUAACUACGUUUAGCUCAAGCAGUAGCAGUGAGUCAUCAAGUCCACCUUUGGAACCUCAGCGUACUGUGACAAGUCUGCCGUCUGCUUCCAUCACCAAACCUAUCACGAUAGCGACUUCAGCCUCAGCUUCAUCAAGUGUGACAACACUAGAGGAGAGUUCACCUCGACAUUUUCAGCACCCAUCUCCUCGAAGUCAACAACAGGCACUUGUGUCUCAAGUAACCAAGGUUUGUGGAAAAAGAAUUUAAAAUUAUGUCAUUACAUCCUUGUGGUUAUUUAAGACAAAGCGAUUAAAGUGCAUCAGAUCCUAUGAUAUGAGGUGAUUAUCAUUUUCUUUCCUUGCAGCAAAUCACACCAGAGCCAAUUCCACUACCUCCACAGCUUGACUCAAGAGAUAGUGUCAUUUCAAGCAAACCGCCUCUUUCAGAUGAUCAACAGAAAUCUUCCCCCAGUCUGCAAUCCUCUGCCAUUCCAUCCCCUUCCCUCAGUGGGGCCAAUCUGACUCAAACAGGCUCCUCAUCUCCAUUGAGACCAGGGUUGUCUUCAUCAAUACAGAAAGAUAUCACCCUUGAGACAAGACCAUACCAGGUAGAGGUUCUUCUCCAAAGUUGAAGCUCAUUUGAUUCAUAAAAUUAAUUAAAUUAGAGUUGAAAGGAAGAAGUUCCAACAUGCAAGCAAAUAUCAUUGCAUUCUGUUAUUCAUUCCAAAUGCUUUUUAUUGUUGCUGCUUCUUUCAUGUCCUUGGUAACUUUUAUAGAUGUUUAUUUACAGCCUAAACUUAUGUAUAACUUUAUUGUUUCUUUUAGAAACAUCAUGUUACUCAACCAACAGUGCCAUCAACUAAAGAUAAGCUUGGAACUAGUUCACUGACUAGCUCUGCUGUGUCAACUGCAGUGCAGCGGAAUGAUCUGUCCUCUGUAGAGCCACUCCAACCCCCUCCUGGGGUGCCUGUGCCCCCAUCAGUGAACCAGUCAACAGCUUCUACAUCAUCAGGGUUCACUACAGUUACCAUGUCAGGCACAGGCAAACCAGUGUCUCAUACCAGUAUGUAACUUUGGUCUGAAUUACUUUCAGUAUCACCCUUUCCCAGGUUUAUGUUGUGGUUCAAAAUUUCUCUUGGUUUAAAAUGUUCCCCCUUAUUUCAUUUUUUAUUUUUGUCUUUUUUUUUUCAUAUUUAUUGUUAUCCUCUUAAACAAAGAAAACUACAAAUUGAACUUUUGUGAAAAUUGAAUGCCCAUACCUGUAAGCACUGCUUUAACCAUUGCUUGUUUUCCUCCAAUUUUUCCCUCUUCACAGAAUGGCAGUUUAGGUCACUGAUUUAAAAUAGAUGUUUAAAAAUUUGAUUUAAAAUCACACAAGUAAUAACUUAUUUUUUCAUGUACCUACAAGUAUAAAUGAGUCCUGCAUUUUGGUAAGGGAUGAAGUGCAGUUGUCAUGACAAUAGAAAUUAAACUAGGGCAUAUUUUUUCCUUUUCCCCAAAUUUUAGCUAAGCCAUCAUUACCUCCUGGAGUUUUGCCAUUAAACACUCUUUAUGGAAUGCAGCAAGGCCUUAUUCAUGCUUAUGUAAGUAUACCAAUAGACUGUUUCCAAGGAAAUUUAUUUUGUGCUUAUUAUUGGUGCUAUUUUAUCUUGCAGCCCCUUCCAUAUGGUUACGAAGAUCUUCAAAGACUACAAAUGGUAAUUAUUGUAAUUAUGCUUCAUAAAACAGUUCAGUUCAGAUUUCAUUAUUUUAUCAUGUCCCAGAAAUAAGUGAACUUUAAUAUUGCUCCUUAAAUCAAACCUUUUUGACUAAGGGAACAGACUCACUUAGGAUUGUGCUAUUGAAAUAUCAAAUUACAUCACAUAGAGAAUCUAUAACUACAGAACAGUGGUAGUUCAUGGAAUGUACUAACACAUUUGCUCUUUAUCUGCAGUCACAAUACUAUGACAUGCCUGCUUUCCAAGCAGCUGGUAGGGAUGGCCUGUCAACAACAUUUCAUGGUAAGACACUUCUGUAUUCCAGAGAGGUAUUCAUCAAAGGAUGUGAACUACUCUUGCUAGGUAGCAGGUUUGCACCCUGGUCGUCCUAGUGAGGUAAUCCUUUUGACUUGUCUGAUGGGCAUUUAGGGGCAAGUUCAAUAUGAAAUAAAUCUCCAACAAAGGAAUAACCAAUCCCAAGGAUCCGAAUGGCACAAGAUCCCAUUGUGGAUCACUUUGAAAGUGAAAAGGAAGGGAAACAAAGAAUAGGACCACAACAGAUUUGAAAAUUGACUUCCCAUGGAUGUUUUGUUUAAAAUUUUAUUUGUGACUUUUUAAGAGUAUGGGUUUGAUGUGCUCUUUGAUUUAGACUCAGUUUCUUCCAUCAAACUUUUCAGGAAGGUUAUGUUUAAACUCACUGGGAGCUUACCAUUUCUGUGCUCAUGGGUACUUGAACACUUAAUUUUUGUUUGUUAGGAGAUCAAAAGUUUGGGCGGACUGAUACAUCCUCUCCAGUUCCUUCUUCCCUGAACCAAGCUGUGACCCUUCCUCAACCUCAUCUUCAGCAGCAGGCCUUUAUAAAUGCAACAACUAUGCCACAUCCCUAUGGUUAUGGUGGACUAGCAUUCUACCCAGGGGCUGGAAUGAUGGCAGGGGGUUUCCCUGCUUACACUGCUCCUAUGUAUCAGGUAAAUAGGGUUGCAUGAUUCAAGUUAUGAGAUUGGUGGUAGGGGAAGGGAACUCUUGAAAGUUGGACUAGAAAACAAUUCCAAUUUGCAUGUCCUGUCUUUGUAAAAAAAUAAGCAAACAAAAACAGAAAUUCCCCAAGUAAUUUUGGGUAAUUGUAAUAUUUUUUAGCAUUAAGUACAUUUUAAAGUAGUCUCUGACAGGAGAGUAGAUUGUUGUUAUCUGGUAAAGAAUAUGAAGGAUAACAGUAUCUUUUUCCAGAGAAGACAGAGAUAACUGAAAAUGCUGGGGAAUGAAUAAAAGCAGGAUUUGAGACUUUAUUCAAAUCAUACUGACUCUUCUUCAACAGAUGCCAACAAAAACUCAUGGGAAUGCAUCUCAGUAUCAGUCUGGUUACACCUCAGGUCAGCAUGGCAGUUAUACAUUUGCAUGCGAUAUGUUAGUUAUCCACCUGGUAUCAGGUCUAUCAUAAAUCUUGGGAUUUUUUUGAAACUCAGAUACUUCUGAAUUGAAGUACUUAAUAUCUAUUUUUUUAAUUUUUUGAAGCUUUCACUGCCUAUUGUCAAACUACUCCUGUCUUUUUCUAGUUGGUUGUCUACAAAUUAAACAGUUUUAUUUCCUUUGCCUCUAGGGUAUGAUGAUUUAGGUCAGACACAUGACUUUGGGAAGUCUGGUUACCACACUUCAGUUUCACCAUCACAGAGUAAAUCUAAUUCAGGUUUGUGACUUUCAUAUUAGUUAUUUAGUACUGGUAAUAUUAAGAGAUAAUUUAUCAGUUGUACACAGUGAGUUGAUGAAUCAGUUCAACUGAGGAAUAUCAACACAUCCAUCUGAUAAUUUUUCUUAUUGAUAAGAUCAUUUUUUGCACAUGUUAAGCUUAUGAAAUUUUUUUCUGUUGACAGGUCCAGCUGUAAGUAGUGCUUCAGAUCUCUCAGGAGCUUCUUACAAACCCCAAGUUGGAAAGGUAAAAUAUUGUUUAUUUGCAGUGUUCAAAGUAAAUGAUGAUAAAUUUAUUUAUUUGUUAAGGAAGGAAAUUCACUGGGUUAGUAAUCAGAAGAUGUUUCUUUGGCCACAUUUCUCUUAUUUAUCUGUGACACUUUCUUUAGAAGACAGUUAAGGGUUAUGUCAAAGGACCCAACAAUAAAAUGUUUGCAAAUACACUCAGUGGAAGAUUCAAUUCCCACCUACAAAUAACAUUUAUGCAAGUGUUGGCAUUCUCUAUUAUUAGGUGCUUGUCAGUAUCGCAAAUAUUAAUCUCUUAUCAUUAGGCAACUUUAACUAAUGGGUCAAAAGUGGUUUAGUUUGUAAUGACCAUUUUUUUUGCUUAUAGUAAUGUGACAUACUUUGUUCCUUUCUUCAGUUCAAUGACAACAAACCAUUUAUGGGUGGUACACCUCCACCACCAGCGUUAAAUCUGUCCAUGACAGGACAGCAUGGUCCUUUGGGAAGCUAUCCACAUACAGGACACCCAUUCAUGUCAAUGAUGACCCCUGUACAGCAACACCACCCGCCAUCCCACUACCACCACCAUAUGCCUCAUCAUAUGGAAACAGGCCAGCCUGGAUCAUCUCAGAGAGGGUCUCAAGGACAGGGACCUAAACAAGGGCAGAAUAAGGGUCAUCAGGGUGGCUACCAAGGAUCAGGGUUCUGGUCUGGAACAAAUUGA